CGGGUUCGAUCAAGGUCAACACCGAGCCGUGCAAUUAACGUGGACGUAGGCAAGCGCACUCACUUCCUGCCAUCAUGUCUUACGGCGCCCCUCCAGCCCCCUACGCACCCCAGUACUUCUCUGGGCCUACUUCCGAUGCCUACCCAACAGAUACGAAAUCCCCCUACGAAAACGACCGUUUUCGACCCAAGAAACGCAUCAAUGACCCCAUCGUUCUGGCACUUUUUGUAGCUCAAUUUGUGGGCUUCAUCGUCGUCUCAGCGAUCGUCAUCCAGUCGUGGAUAAAGAACAAUGGUUUCGGCGGCGGGCUCGGAAAACACCCGACAGGGACCACUGUCACCCUCAACUCGAGCACGGUGUAUCUGCUGCUGCUCGUCACCGCUGCGGCGCUUCUCUUGUCGUCCGUAUACCUCAUGCUCGUCCGCGCCUUCACCAAAGUCAUCAUGCACAUCUCGUUGAUCUUGUCAAUCUUGUUGAACAUUGGUAUAUGCGUUUAUUAUUGGAUCACGAAGUACUAUUCUGGUGCUAUUAUAUUCACCAUCCUGGCGAUUGUGUCUGUUCUAUCCUACUGGGGCUUCAAAUCUAGAAUCCCGCUCGCAUCACUGUUGCUGCAAGUCGUGAUUGACGUCAGCAAGCACCAUACUUCUGUGUAUGUCGUCGCCUUUCUGGCACUUUUGGCACAGGCUGGUUUGGCUGUAUGGUUUACGUUCGUCGCUGCUGCGACAUAUACCAAAUGGACGCCCAACAACAACAAUCCUUCUUGUGCAACCACAUCAUGCUCCAGCGGAAAGGUGGCUGGCCUCAUCUUCUUUGAAACAUUUUCGUUCCUGUGGACAUCACAAGUGGUCGGCAACGUUGCUCUGGCCACUCUGGCUGGUGGCCCAUACGGUUGCUGGUACUACUUUGGACCUCGCGGAGAGGGCAACAUGCCAAAGAACCCCACUCUUUCUGCCUUUGGUCGAGCGUCAACGUUAUCAUUAGGCUCCAUCGCAUUUGGAUCAUUGAUCGUGACUCUGCUGGAUCUGCUCAAAAUGCUGCUGCGCUCUGCUCAGAACUCGGCCAAUGCUGACGGACAUCCUGUGGAGGCGAUCUUGGCCUGCUGUGCUUCUUGUUUCGUGGAGAUCAUCGAGGGCUUGGUGGAGUACUUCAACAGAUAUGCAUAUAUCGAGAUAGCCCUGUACGGGAAGCCAUACAUUCCGGCUGCGAAGAGCGCCUGGCGGCUUCUUUCCGAUCGCGGAGUGUCGGCGAUCGUCAAUGAUUCGCUCGUUGGAAUGACGCUCACGUGGGGUGCUUACGCCGUGGGGAUGCUCACGUCUUUGUUCUCAUAUCUUUACCUGCGAAUCACCGCGCCUGGCUAUAAUGCCAACGGAAACUACACUGCCCCCGUGAUCUUGUUUGCGUUUCUAAUCGGCAUCCAGUGCUCUUUGACUGUUUCGUCCUCCAUCGAAGCAGGGGUUUCGACCAUAUUCGUUGGCCUGGGCGAGGAUCCCCAGGUUCUUGCAGUCAGGGCGCCGGCUCUCUUCGGGAUGAUUGCGCAAACGUAUCCUGACGUGGUCCAGGGUGUUUGAGUGUUUUCUUCAUUUUAUGCUACUAGUACAGACACUUCGGGUACAUCGGGAUAUGAUACAUGUUCUCAGCGCCGGCCUUUCUGCUUCUUAUCCGGCUUGGGUAAUUCAACCGCACGUUGGCAGACAGGACAGCGCCCGGAAACAUCAGUCAGCCACGGGUCUAAACAUGUUUUCUGGGCAAACACAUCGUGGUGAGUCGAGGAACAGUGGACCAACAAGCAAACUCACAUGGAACACGUGACCACAUUCGAGUAAUCGCAAAGGCUGAGCGCCUUCGCCUGCAUCCUCCAGCCGCAGAGUGCUCCCAGAUUGAGGCUGUGCAACCUCCACAACAGUUUCUGAGGAUUGCGGCUGUGAUGAAGCCGUGUCCGCAAUUCGUUUGGGCUCCUCAAAGUCCAUUAAGCAAACAGCGCACGCUGCACGAUUCCCCUCGAGGAUGACGAAGGGAUAGGGCCCCUGCUCCCAGUUCUCCUGCCACGUCCCGGGGAUCCCAUCCCCAGGGCUGGCUGUUGGCCCAGCUUUGUCGGAUGUUUGGUCUCGUUUCCGUCGGAGGAAUCUGAAAUGAUGUUUCCUCGCAGGCGGCUUGGCGGAGAGCUUGGGAGGGUAGGAGUAUGCGGACUGGGGGAGCGGAAUGCUUCCGGGCAGAGCAUCGGGCGGAGGCGGGAUGUAAAGAACCAGUGGGAUCCGAUCAACAACCGAAGCACUGAGUUUUCCGAUCUCCGGUCGGAUUGGGGGGUUCUGCAUCGGAUGUCGUCCCAAACACAUGAGGAAUACAUUCCAGAAUAACUGCAAAAAUUCGGUCAACCAGGGUUGGGCUGCUCAACAAAAUACACCCACGAAAACAAUUGGCGCGACCACAAAGACGAUGAAGCCGAGCAGGAUCACCUCCAGCACAACCAGGUACAUGAUGCAGAGCAGCCCAAACGUCAACCACCAGAUGUGGGGCGAAGAAUACCGACACGUGUGUACACUGGAAUAUUCCAGAAUGUGGGCUAGAAGGACAGGUCAGAUGAGAUCAGCGAAUACGACAACCGCACCAGUCAGAAACCAGCUCAAUGUUAUCAGGGACGACAGGAUAGAAAGGCUGUCACGUCUGUCAGUAAGACGAUGGCACAUAGACAUGGACAUACCGCGAGUAGAGAGCGACGUGCGGCAACGUUACGCCCGUUGCUGCAGGUGUAGUGGACCCGUUGCCAGAGUCCGCUGACGUAACAGCAGUGACAGAGGUGGCUAUAUUCCCAGCCCCAACGUGUUCAGGAUCGCUGGUCUGAACGUGCCUGGAAAAGAUGAGGGUGACACCAGAGCACUCCAGGCGGGACUGACGCUUUUACAUCUCGUCUCCAUCCCCAAUACGUUAGACACGACGAGUACACCACUCGCACGAUAUACAGACAAGCCCAGACACCCAGCGGACGAUCGCAUGCCUUCCACUCAUUCAAUCCAGGCA